GACGAGGCAGACACGGCCAGAGCAUCUGUGGGAUACAACUUCAGGUAUGCAAAGCACUAUAUGGAGGACAAGCAGGAGAAAAGGACGCUUCUGAAAGUAUUUGGGAUUCGAUUUGACAUCAUUGUUCGUUCAGUGGCCAGAAAAUUUGAUAUCAUUCCAACAUUAACAGCUAUAGGAUCUGGUGUUGGAAUCUUUGGAGUGGCAACUGUAGUAUGUGAUCUGAUUCUCCUGUAUCUACUACCCAAGAGGGAAUUCUACAACAACAUGAAAUUCAAGGUCACUGAAACGAUGGAGAAGGACACCAUUGAACAUGAGACCCUGGUCUCAGUAGACUCCCCUGAAAAUAAAAAACAACGAUUUCAUGGUCACUAAUAGAUGAUCUAUACAUGCUCAAACUACUAGCAAACUAUGGGGAAAUCUCAAUCGGAUUGGCUCGAUUCCUCCUUUUGAAAAAGGUCAAAUGAAAGGAGGAGAGCAGAGGAGGCGAGGAGAGGAAACCAUGGAUACAAAUGCACUUGUAUGAAAUGACACUCCUCCACUAGCGCGUCAUUAGGCAAAUGACGUUUACAGAGGACGAAUUCCGAAAUACAUGUGGGUCAUAGUUGAAUUGUGGUGGCAUUUGCAUCUUUUGCAUGCAAGAACAACUAUUUAUAAUUCAUAAACAGUUAUGCAUCAUACAUAUUUUUGUUUAUAUUGAACUGUGUAUCAAUAAUGAAACUGUUUUAUGCAUUGUUUAAGGUAAAUUUGCAUGUCCCAGCAGUGACACCAGUAGGGUUGUGGUGACAUGUUUUUCGAAUUUAGAGAUAUCUUGAAUGC